AUGGCGGUUUGUCUAUUUCCAUCAGCGCGCACCUCGGCCGAGCUCUUCGAAGCCUUUUCCUUCACCGGGGUCGUCGGAGAGGGUCAAUUCGGCCGCGUUUGGCGCUGCGUCGAUUGCGCAACGGGCGCUCCUCUAGCCUGCAAGCAGGUCCGCAAGUCGCACCUCACGCAAAACGAGCUCGAGUCGCUCGAACGCGAAAUUUCCGCCAUGGAAGCCCUUCAAGGCCACCGCAACGUGCUCCCCCUCCUCGGUCUGUACGAAGACGAGAAAUUCGUCUACAUUCUCACGGAAUUGUGCGACGGCGGCGAUAUUUUCAGCCUCAUCGUGCAGACCGGCGGCAUUCCCGAACGAGCGGCUGCGAUGAUUUUCGCGCAGGUCGCCGAUGCCGUGAGAUGGUGCCACGUGCACAGAAUCGCGCAUCGCGACAUCAAACCCGAGAACGUUCUCAUCACAACUCGCGCCACCACCGCCGCCGCCGCCGCCGGCAACGCCGCGUCGCCUGUUCAAGACUCGACCGACACAAGCGUUCGGCUCGAGGCGCGCCUCGCGGAUUUCGGCCUCGCGAUGGAGAUUCCAAAAGGCUUCUCUCUGCGCGGCGCCGUCGGCAGCGCGCCGUACGAGGCGCCGGAAGUUCUGGCGGGGGAUCUCUACAGCUUCGGCGCGGACGUCUGGUCGCUCGGCGUGCUUCUAUACGCAACUAUUUCCUCCAAAUGGCCCUCUUUUCCCGGAAACGUGCGCAAGUUUCUGCCCGAGGUCGAUUUUUCCGUCGCGCCGUGGCCGUCCGUGUCGAUUGAGGCGAAGGAUCUUAUCCGUCGGAUGCUGACCUUGGACCCGAGCCAACGGCUGGAUAUCGACGGCGUGUUGGCGCACCCGUGGCUCCGGAUCGCAUCAGCUCCCCCCCAAGCUGCCCCCAUCCCGGCGCGCAUCACCCACAGCGUCGCCAUCGCCCCGCUCUUGCCCCCCCGAAGGAAUCCCCCUGCAGCCGUCCGCCCCCCAGUCACAGAGCCCUAA